AGUGCUCAGUAGCCACUUUGUUUCAGACGUUUAGGGGCCUCAUAUAGGCUACAGCUCAGGGCGGGGGUCUGACUUGAUGGGCCCUAUUAGUAUUCCCGUCCUUUGGGUGCGCAGUGUUUCCAGCCACAGAGCCACGUCAGGCCUGUAGCAACUGCUCGUCUUCUACUGCCUCUUCCAAGGUUAGGAGAUAUAGGCCCGCCACAAGCUGGGAACAGUCAGAGACACAGAAACUGGGAGCCGCAAUUUGGGACAGCGAUACCGGGUUUAAGUUUUUUUGGGGGGGGGGAUUUUUGUUCGUUUUUCCGAACGCUCAGCUUUUCUCCGACGCUGAAGGCUUAAAGUGUCUGACUGUGUACGCUGUGAAAUCGUCAGAGGGGACAUCGGCAGCAGCGUUAUUUCGUCUCUGUGAGGAGGUUGUGCAGCAGCUGAGAGGGAGAGAGAAAGAGAGAGAGGGGGGAAAAGAUCGUUAUCUUAUUUGUGCUUAAUGGAAACGCGCAAUCAUAAAAAAUGGUUGCAUUUGGAGAAUAUCCGUGAAUGCGAUCGUCUUCUUCCGACAUCGGUGCGUCAGAGGAGACAUCUCAGCUAGCUGGACUCCGGGGUUGGGUGUGAGGUCUUCACUGUGCACCGUGUGCUGCUGGAGUGAAGGUGACUUGCGCCCCGUCGCAGUCGAGGCAAUGCGGAGAGGAGUCGCGGGCGAUCAUCCGGUUACUUUUCCUGCGCUCUGAGGCUCGUCUGGGGGGGGGGGGGGCAAUAAAUAAAUAAAUAAAUAAAUACAUUUUCGCUCCCUCUCCCGCACAAGAGGGGAGGAACGCGCGAGAGAAAGGCUAGAGCUUUAACAAUAAUCGAGGUUCGACCCAGCCGGUAGUUGGCGAAGGUGAAUUGAGCGUAAACGGAGGAGAGAAUAAGGUGAGGAGUAAAGGGUUGCGGGGUGGUGAGGCAGAAAGAGAGAAAGUGGUGGAGUUUUUGAAAGGAGGAGGGGGGGGGGAAAGGAGGAAAUAAGACAAAAACCGUUCUGUGCUAGGGCUGUUUUAUUAGUGGAUGUGUAUGCAUGAGUUCUGCAUCGAAUGGGCGCAAAAACCGCCCCAGAUCCGCCGGGAACAUCUUCCAGAUCGGCAAGCCUCCUUACCGAGACCCACAGAGGAGGGAGAGCACCGAAAGUACCCGCAAAGCCCAGCGCGCCGUGGCCGACUGCAGAAUGAUCGUCCAAGAAUUCAACACACUUGUGGCUCUGUACCGUGAACUGGUCAUCUCCAUUGGCGAAAUCACUGUGGACUGUCCUUCUUUACGGGCCGAAAUGCUGAAGACCCGAACUAAAGGCUGCGAAAUGGCGAGAGCGGCACACCACAGUCUCUCCUUGAUAUCGGGGCCAGAGGAUGGGGAGAUCCACCCUGAGAUCUGUAGGCUCUUCAUCCAGCUGCAGUGCUGUCUGGAGAUGUACAUCACUGAGAUGCUCAAAUCUGUCUGCUUGCUGGGCUCCCUGCAGCUCCACAGGAAAGGUAAGGAUUCCUGUGGCCCUCCCGGAGUCGACAGUAAGACUGAGGAGAGCUCAGACAUCCCCAUUCUGGAGGACACGUCUUCCUCCCCCACUGACUGUCCUCAGCUCUGCUGGCUGGUGGCAACUGACAUAGAAAACAUAGAAAAAGAUAUGAGGGAGAUGAAGAACCUUCUCAGUAAACUCAGGGAGACAAUGCCUUUACCAUUAAAGAACCAAGAUGACAGCAGUUUGCUGAACCUGACUCCCUACCCACUGGUCCGACAGAGGAAGAGGCGAUUCUUUGGGCUCUGUUGCCUAGUAACCAGCUAAGGGCCCCACCUUCGUGGGUAGGAGGCGGCAACAAAGACACCAUUACCCACUGUCCUUCACCACUUGUGUCUCCCACCAAUCUAUUACUGCCAUUUUCCAAUAAAUUGUCUCUUUCUCUUUUUUUUAAAGGCUGCCCAUUUUAUAAUUUUAUUUUGUAAUACAAAGAAGAAUUGUAACUGCAAUGUAAUGAAAACAAAAGUCAUGAACAUAUAUUUUAAGAUAUUUUGCAACAGAUUUUUCCCUUCUUUUGGUAAAUGAAGUCAGAUAUCUGCCUGUCCAAUGUAAAAGAGAAUGAGAGGUCAUUUGAAAUAAUGUCAGUGUUCAGUCACUUCCACAAACCUGAGUGAAUGAAUUUAGGAUUCAUGUUUUAAAAAAAGGGAAUAUAAUUGUCUGUUCUUGUCAGAAAUAAUGUGAUAACUUAUGAAUGGAUGCCAUUUGAAGAUUUGAGGAUGGCACUUGCAAAGACAAAGUUAUACCUUCAUCUGUCUGAGCUGAGAUGACAGGUUUGUGCACAGUAAGUUUGUUGUGUAUUACAGUCUCUGUUUUCUGUUUCUUGCUGUUUUUUCUUCUUAAUGUACUUAAUUUAGUCUUCCAUAAACCAAGAACCUGUACCCAACUUUUAACUUUCCAGCUUCAAAAUGGAAUAUAUGAUACAAUACUCAAAAAGAAAACUUCUUUGCACACAAUAUCUAUCUAUAAAUUGAGACAUUAGACUUGUAUAUACACAUACUCUUUACGCAAAGCUCUCUGAAUUAUUUUCAAAGUUGGAGUUGGUUAGCAAAGAAUCUGUUGGCUGGUAUGAGCAGGGAGGGUCUCCCUCUGUCUGAGGCAAUCAGUGCAGACAGGGGGCAGGCAGCAUGGAUCUUGCUUAUUUAUGAUAGUGAUCAAUGUUUAGGGCACGAUGAAGGUACAGUAGUCAAAGCUGAUAUAGGUCAUUUUACAUUGUUAAUAAAACUUUUGUUAUUGAAACCAA